CGUUUCAAUUGUUCUUCCGCCCAAAUCUGAAACACUACCUCGUUAGUAAUUUCCAAGGGAAUCUCUGAUCUCGAUCCAGAUUCAUUCGUGGAGGAAGACGACCGAACCCUACUUCAUUGAUUACGCUGGAGAGAUCUGUGUAAACAAUUUGGAUUCCGUUUUGUCGUAAUCGCAGAUCCCGCUGCUUCUCUCGAUCGAAAAGAAUCUGAAUCGAGAUUGAUCAGUGUUGGUGUGCUAUGAGUGGUAGUGUAUAAGCAAAAAUAAAAAAAAAAAUGAAGUUUUGGAGAGAACGUGAAAGGGAAAGCAAAGAGCAGAUCUUAGCUCCAUUAUGUGGCCAAGUUCGAGUCUUGGUCGUUGGUGAUUCAGGUGUGGGGAAAACAUCACUUGUACACCUGAUUAACAAAGGUUCUUCUAUUCAUCGCCCAUCUCAAACGAUUGGAUGCACAGUUGGUGUCAAGCAUAUAACUUACGGGAGUCCAGCUAGUUCUUCGAGUAGCAUUCAAGGGGACGCAGAGAGAGAUUUCUUUGUUGAGCUCUGGGAUGUUUCAGGGCACGAGAGAUACAAAGAUUGCCGCUCACUCUUCUAUUCACAAAUCAAUGGAGUUAUAUUUGUUCAUGAUCUGUCUCAAAGAAGAACAAAAACUAGCUUGCAGAAAUGGGCGUCUGAGGUUGCAGCGACUGGAACCUUUUCAGCUCCUCUUCCCUCAGGAGGUCCUGGUGGUCUUCCUGUUCCGUACAUUGUUGUUGGAAACAAAGCAGAUAUUGCUGCAAAAGAAGGAACAAAAGGAAGCAGUGGAAACCUUGUCGAUGCAGCUCGUCAUUGGGUCGAGAAGCAAGGUUUGCUUUCUUCAAGCGAAGAGCUUCCUCUCUUUGAAAGCUUUCCUGGUAAUAGCGGUCUCAUAGCGGCGGCCAAAGAAACCAGAUACGAUAAGGAAGCUUUGAACAAAUUUUUCCGGAUGUUGAUAAGAAGAAGAUAUUUCUCAGAUGAACAACCAGCAGCUUCACCGUGGUCUAUUUCGCCGCAUCGAACCUCAUCAUCCCAACGGUUAGACGACGAGAUCACAAGCGAUGAUGACCAAUUCUACAAGCGGACAAGUUUACAUGGAGAUCCUUACAAGUACAACAACAACACGCUACCGCCACUUCCAGCACAACGCAACCUAACUCCGCCUCCUACGCUAUUUCCACAGCAGCCGGUCUCUACUCCUGACAACUACGCUAUCCCGAGAUUCUCACUUUCGAGUGAAACAAGUAACAAUGGCAGUGGUAGAUCAAAGCGAAUGGAUAUUAACGUUUGAAACAAUGCAUCUCUUUAUCGUUACAAGAAAACUUAAUGAAGAUGUGUUGCUUUUGGUAUUGGCGGUAUCUAUUAUUCUUUUUUGAAUGUUCCAAUGGUUUUUCUUUUCUUUCGAGAUAGUGGUAAAGUGAAUAUGCGUGUAACCAGUAACCAAACCCUCCCUCUUUCGAUUGUUCUCGUAGCAAAUUCUGUCUGAAACAGAAUAAGAAAAACUGUGAAUGAUUUAUAAUAAUACUUAUUGAUAAAUAUAUGUUGAAUUUACAAUC